AUGGACACCAAUACAAUUCAAAGUGUUUACAUCCCUGAUCCUGAAGAAAGUAUCUUUUAUCAAUCUAUCUGUAGAAAUUGUGUACNCAAUAUUCUCAAAGAUUGAUAGAACAUUUGCUUGCUAAAAAAAAAUCAGGAGUAAAAUUGGAAAUUCUUUUUAAGGUAACUGA